GCUGGUAUCCUUCCCUUGUGAGAUUUGCUUUGUGCAAAUAAAAGUCGUAUUUCUGCCUCAUAUCCAGCUAGAAACCUCAGAUGUCGGCUGUAAGAUAUGCAGCUCGGUUUAUAAAUCGAAACCCUCGUAAUCUGGAGAUGAUGGGUAUUCAGAAGGCACCGACUGGUUACGAAUUCGAGAAGGAUGCAGCUAAACAUUGUUUCAUUUACAGAGUGGAAUUAUUACAAUCUAAAGCUCACCAAGAUGCUCGCGUUCUUCAUUACAUCGAUGGUCCUGUCGUUGAGGCGUCCACACGAGAGAAGUCUAUCUCCGAACAGCUUUACAGCAAUACGGACACAUGUGCAGCGAUGAAUCUUGGCAGAAUUCUAGCUGUACGGUGCUUACGAGCUGGAAUUCACUUUGCAUUACCCGCGCCUAGUUGGGAGCAAAUUGAAAGUAGUAAACAUCAAAAAGAGUUUUUCAAAGCGUUGGAGUCCGAAGGAUUGCAACUAAAUGAACCGAAAGCACAAGAACAAGGUUAUGAAACGGAUAAAUCCAUGACCUGGCAACGAUAUCCUCUGCUGCCGUCACGACAAGAUAAACUAGAUGAGUUGUAGGAAUGAGGUUGUUGUUUAUUGUUUUCUUCGUUCGUUCAUUUGAAUUUUCAUUUUUUCAUCGUUCAUUCGUUUGAAAUUUGUGAGUUCCACUAAAAUCAAUCUGAUAAUGUCAGAGGCUCACUGUGAGAACUCCACAUUGCUUGAUCAUUGUUAUUUUGCGUUAACUGCAGCGUGAACCCCAAUCUCAGAUGGCCCUGUCUAUAUUGAU